CAAAGUGGACGAUUUUUAUUUGAAAACUUCAACAUAGUCAAUUAGAUUUCGCGAGAAAAAUUGUGUUUUUUACCAAAAUAAUCCACAAAAAGUACAAUAAUGAAGUGAAAUUCCUUCCCAAAAGGAUAUAUUUAAUAACUGGAUUGAAAAUAUUUAGUAGUUCAUCCCAUCGUCCAGGAGAGACGUGAUCAAAAUGAAGCGAACAAGAACGAGAAAUCCCCAGGAAGGGCCUAGUGUCGACUAUGAACCCCUUGCGAGGAAUAGCACAGAAUUACCAAUGCGUAGGGUACGAUCACCACAGGUGCCAACGAUUGAGGCACAAGUUCAGGAAAAUGAUACUCUCCAGGCGAUCGCUCUGCGAUUCAACUGCCAAGUAUCAGAGCUGAAGCGUCUCAAUAAGAUUGAGCGUGACAAUGAAAUAUUCGCAAGAAGCGUCAUCCGUGUUCCUAUUACGCCACACACUGUCCUCCUGGAAACCAUUCCGGGAGUUCACAAGAGUGGCACAUCGAGUCCCACGCGAGCUAAAGUGGUGCCCGAGAACUUGGGAGGACGUGAUUUGGAUGAAAAAUUAAUCAUAGCUUCAGUUAGUCAUUCAGAACGUGCCCCAACUGAUUCAAUUCAGAACAUUAUUCUCAAUACCAAAAUAUCAAGCAAUGACUACAGAGAUGACGAUUUGGCUUUCGAUCCUCUGGGAAUUGAAGAACGCGAUCUGGGUCAACCUCUUCUCAGUGGAGAGAUCGACGAUGCCAUCCCACAGCCACGCAUCAUCCCCAUCCGACACAGGAUGGAUAUGUCAUGCAAUGGAGCUGAUUGUGAUAUAUCCUGGGUGUGCCUCUUCAUCUUCAUCCUCGUUCUUUGCUUUGCAAUUCCCAUCAUUUACAUCAUCUUCAAAACUGAACCCGAGCAUGAGCAUCACGUCGAGCGACUCCUUCAUGAGAAUCAUUCAAAGUUAUGAGGGAUUAAAUCCCAUGGCAGACCGGGCAGACCAUUCGAGAUCUGUUUUUGUAAAUAAGUGCCUCAGCGUGUGAAAAUUUAAUAAAAAACCAGAGAAUAUUGUAAUAAUGAUGAUAACAUCGCUCAAUGUAUUUUAUAAUAUAAAAAUUGAGUGAAAUUUUACGAGAAAAAAAUAAGUUAUUUUCAAUUAAAAGCCAUUUCCCGACGUUUUCAUGCACGAUUAA